AUGUUGGCAAACCCUAACAAUGGCAGAUUGCACUGCCCUAAGCCCUGCCAAUUCCUGCACCCACAAAGGCCCAAAUGUUUUCUCUUCCCAAACUGCCCUCGUUCCCCCUGCUUCACCAGCAAGUCCAAGUUUUGCAAUUUGUCCCUGCUUCUGCCCAGAAAGAGUGGCAAGGGGUUUGGCAUCAGAGCUUUGGCCGAGCCCGGAGUUUCAACGAACGGUCCUCAGGGCUACCCUCCGCCAUACUCUGUCAAAAUCCCUGUUGGUGAUAGACAUAUUUUGGUUGAGACAGGUCAUAUUGGGAGACAAGCCAGUGCCUCUGUUACAGUGACAGACGGAGAAACCAUCGUUUACACAUCUGUUUGUUUGGCUGACGUUCCAAGUGAACCUUCGGACUUCUUCCCUCUUUCGGUACAUUAUCAGGAGCGCUUUUCGGCAGCAGGUCGAACUAGUGGAGGCUUUUUCAAACGAGAAGGAAGGGCGAAAGAUCAUGAGGUUCUCAUUUGUAGAUUGAUUGAUAGGCCUUUGCGUCCAACUAUGUUGAAUGGCUUCUACCAUGAAACUCAGAUACUUUCUUGGGUUCUGAGUUAUGACGGUUUGCACUCUCCUGAUUCUUUGGCCGUUACAGCAGCUGGAAUAGCAGUGGCUCUUUCAGAAGUUCCAAACUCAAAAACCAUAGCAGGAGUACGAGUUGGUCUCAUUGGUGACAAAUUUAUUGUGAAUCCAACAACUAAGGAGAUGGAAGACUCGGAGUUGGACUUAUUGCUAGCUGGCACAGAUAAUGCAAUAUUGAUGAUAGAGGGCUAUUGUGACUUUCUCCCGGAGGAAAAGUUGCUGCAAGCAGUAGCAGUUGGGCAGGAGGCCGUACGAGCAAUUUGCAAUGAGGUAGAAGCUUUGGUUAAGAAGUGUGGAAAGGCAAAAAUGCUUGAUGCAAUCAAGUUACCUCCCCCUGAGCUAUAUAAUCAUGUUGAGGAAAUUUCCGGUGACGAGUUGGUAAGAGCUCUGCAGAUUAGGGACAAGAUUCCUAGAAGAAAAGCUCUUUUGUCAUUGGAAGGAGAAGUUUUGACUAUACUUACAGAAAAGGGAUAUGUUAGUAAGGAUGCAGCUCUUGGAGGCAGUGAAACAAUACCAGAUAUAUUUGAAGAUGAGGAUGAGGACGAGGAAGUGGUUGUGGAUGAUGUGAAGCUGGUAUUCAAAGAAGUCACAUCCAAAUUUUUGCGGAGGCGCAUUGUGGAGGGUGGAAGAAGAAGUGAUGGGCGUUCCCCAGAUGAGAUACGUCCAAUUAACUCAAAAUGUGGACUACUUCCCAGGGCACAUGGAAGUGCUCUUUUCACACGUGGAGAAACACAGUCAUUGGCUGUUGUUACACUCGGUGAUAAGCAGAUGGCACAGAGGAUAGACAACCUAGUAGGGGUAGAUGAAUGGAAGAGGUUCUAUCUCCAGUACACAUUUCCCCCAUCAUGUGUUGGGGAAGUUGGACGGAAUGGAGCACCUAGUAGAAGAGAAAUUGGUCAUGGAAUGCUUGCUGAGAGAGCUCUUGAACCAAUUUUGCCUUCUGAAGAUGAUUUUCCUUACACUGUACGUGUUGAGAGCACAAUUACUGAAAGCAAUGGCUCUUCAAGUAUGGCAUCUGUUUGUGGGGGAUGCUUAGCAUUGCAAGAUGCUGGAGUUCCGAUCAAGUGCUCUAUAGUUGGGAUAGCGAUGGGUAUGGUUCUGGAAACUGAGGAAUUUGGGGGAGAUGGUGCUCCACUGAUUCUCUCUGACAUAACUGAUCUGAAGAUGCAUCUGGGGAUAUGGAUUUUAAGGUUGCUGGAAAUGAAGAUGGUGGUAACUGCAUUUCAGAUGGACAUAAAGGAUAGUAUUGUUAUAUUGACCUGA